CGUGUGCGUGUGUGUGUGUCUGAAACUCAACUGGCUCCUUCCCUCCCGAACUCCUCACUUCAUAGCGCUGCGCAGUAAAAACAUCGGACGCUAGGGGAUCAAGACGCAUGCCACAUUACCUCUACGUGGGCACUUUAACAGAUCUUUCGGGGGCUUUUUUCCCAGUAAGAGGGCUGCGGAGGGAGGCCUUUUUAUUUUCACUGUUUGAUGACUGUUCGCACGGCUGAUCAUUGACUUGAUUGUUUAUAUUCCGGGUGCUGUUGUCCGCUUCCUUUUUUUUAUUCCCUUUUUUUCUUUUUUUCUGUUUUGGAUUCGGUGAACUACUGCGCACUCACCAAUGUCCUAUCCUCAGGGUUACCUCUACCAGCCCCCUGGCUCUCUGUCUCUGUAUUCGUGUCCGGCUUACGGGGCCUCGGCUCUUGCUGCUCCGCGGAAUGAGGACUUGGCGAGGUCGUCCUCCGGCUCAGCCUUCAGUCCCUACCCCGGCUCGGCUGCGUUCUCCGCCUCGGCUGGUGCAGGCUUCUCUAGUCCGCUGUCUUACACCACGGACCCUGCAGCGGGAUUCUCACCUUACGUGUCGUCACCUUAUGAUGUGCACACGCCGGGCAUGGCCGGGGCGCUGAGUUACCCUCCAUACGGGGGUCCGGGCUACCCCUUCCAGCUCAACGACCCGGCUUACCGCAAAAAUGCCACCCGGGACGCGACGGCCACCCUGAAGGCCUGGCUCCAGGAGCACCGGAAGAACCCGUACCCGACCAAAGGGGAGAAGAUCAUGUUGGCCAUCAUCACCAAGAUGACCCUGACGCAGGUCUCCACCUGGUUCGCCAACGCCAGGAGGAGACUCAAGAAGGAGAACAAGAUGACGUGGGCGCCCAGGAAUAAGAGCGAGGACGAGGACGAGGAGGACGGGGACGGGGAGAGGAAGGAGGAGGUGGAGCGCUCUGACAAAACCCUGGAUAACAGCGAGGCUUCCGCGGAGGAUGAAGGCUUAAACGUUUUCCACCUGUCUAAUCUUGUCUCAGGCAUCAGCCUGCACGUGGACACCCUGUCGGACCACUCGGACUCGGACGGGGAGAAGGUCAGCUGCGGGGCCGAGCUGAGCUCCGACCAAACGGGCGACAAAUGCAUCGAGGACGGGGAGGACCAGGGCCACGAGCGGCGGCUCCAGCUCUCGCCCAAACCCGUCACCUCGUCGCCCCUGACGGGGGUGGAGGCUCCGGUUCUCGGUCACCUCCAUCCUCACCACCACCACCACCACCACCUCCAUCACCUCCACAGCCAGCGCGAGGAUCUAGCCCGAAGUCUCGCAAAUAGCAACAGUAAUAAAUUGUCCUCCUGUCUGGAGAGCAGGCCUCCUUCUGGGCCAAGUCCGAACCCCAAACCCAAACUGUGGUCUCUGGCUGAGAUCGCAACCUCGGACCAAAAGCAGCACCAGGGGCCCCCCAGUUGCCCCUCCUCCUCCUCUUCCAGCGGUGGACUCCUCACACCCCCCACGCCUUCCUCGACCUCCCCUGCUGCCAGUUCCCCCUCCCUUUACCCGAGCCCUUCCAUCCUUGGAAGAUCUAUUUAUUACUCCUCUUUUUAUAGCAAUUACACAAACUAUGGCAACUUCAGCCCCCUGCAGGGCCAGGGGAUCCUGCGGUACACUAACUCCUCCGGAGUGAGCCUGGCAGCGGCAGCCGCCGCUGCUGCUGCCGCCGCCGCGGCUGCAGGCGACGGCCUGAGCGGCUCCUCUCACCGGGCUGCGGAGGCCGGCGCUCACCCCAAACACAGGCCCGACUCCCCCCUCGGGAAAAACCACCCCAGCCAGAUUGUAGUGGUCGAGCAGCAGCAAUUCAGACCCGCUAAUUUAGAAGCAAAGAAAGGUACGUAAUGACGUCUGCGAGGGACGCUUAUGGAGACGUAUUAAAGUAUUAAGAAUUGUAUUUGACUUUAUUAGAGGAAGUAAAAUGCAUCCGGUUCAGAUCCUUAACUAUGGAGAUUCUGGGGAACCUGACCGAGUUAACCCACUCAUUUUAUUUAUUCAAACUUGUUUAUUUUAUUUUAUUUUAUUUUUUGGCACAAUAAGCUACAUGUUGUGUUUGGUUUAAUUAUCAGAUCAAAUAAUUAGAGGAAUAAUCCAUUUAGAGUUAACUACUGUCUUUUAAAAAUAAAAAUCACCCGGAUCUCCUAUAGCUGAGUUUUAUUCCUCAACAGAUUGAAGGUAAUUGCGCUAAAUCCGCAGAAAGGCCUCACGCACGCACACACGCACACACAAAUACACACGCACGCACACACACAGGCAGCUUAUAGAUCCAAUAAGCACGGAAAUGUUGCCAUAGAUUUGAGCAGGAUGUUUUACUGUUUCCUUUAUCUGUGUGAGAGUGGAUACGUGUUUGUGCGCGCGCAGUGGGCUCCAAACCUUAUCUUCCAGCUUAGGAUAAUUAUAAUUACACAGGGUCAGCCAAAAGCAAACAAACCAGCUUUCUCUGCAGCCUCGUGCAUCUUCACAUCUUCAAAUUCCACAUGCAGGUGGCUGCGCUCUCCUCAAAACAGCUGAAUAACGCCUGGAGACGUUUUCAGCAGCAGCGGUUCUGCAGAAGGGAAUUUAAUAAGCAUUUACAGUAGUAGUUUUUUUUAAUGGAAGCAGCCUGACACAUGUGUGCAAUGUUUCUGGGAUUUCUGAAUUGAUGGCACGGUUUUGUUUCUCUAUUUCCACUCUCUGCAGGUAGGUGUCACACUUGCUUAGAGUUCAGGAGAACAGGAACAGUUUAAACACAUAUAACCUUAUUUUUACACUAUUUAUUUAUGUUGGACUCCAAAGCUGAUCUGUAGUGCCACCAGAACGAACGCUGCUAACCCCCAUCCACACACACACACACACACACACACACACACACACACACACACACACACACACACACACACACACACACACACACACACGCAUUUGACUUUUUUUGUUUUUAUUUGAAUAAUUUCACCAGUUACCAUAAUAUGUGAAUACUAUCUCUCAGGUUCCUCUAGUUUGCUGAGUUGCCACGGUACUUUAUAUAUAUAUAUAUAUAUAUAUAUAUAUAUACAUACAUAUAUAUAUAUAUGUAUGUAUAAUUUCACUACUUUGUGUAUCCGCGUGGAGAAGGUUUGACCUGUUUCUGAAGUGAUGCUGAUCUGAUGUGAACUCCAGGAUUUCCAAAGUGGAAUAGCCUACAUUUGAUAUUUAUUUUUUUAAUAAAACGACAGUGGAGCGAUGCCUAUUAUUUAUGCAAGUUGUAUUGCAAAAGUGGGGAAUUCUCUGUUUGUUUUGUAAAUAUAAACACACACACACACACACACACACACACACACACACACACACACACACACACACAUAUAUGUGUGUGUGUGUGUGUAUGUAUAUAUAUAAAAUGGAGGUUUUUUUUUUUCCUUUGGAGAGGCAUUUGAGGAUAAAGAAAAGCUACACAAUCUUGUUAUCAGGAGUACUUUUACUAAUUUAUAUCUCUGACUGUAUAUAAGAAUAUUUGUGCUGGUAUACAUAUAUACUGGCGGGGUGUUAUAUCUGUUAUUCCCCCCCAAAAGAAAAUGAUUAAACUCUUUUACCAGCUAUCACACAGGUAUUUCAGAGUUCUUUUUACUGUUUUGUAUCCAGGUUCCUCUUUAUUUUUCCCAGUCAGAAUCCCAACAGACAUUCUACACAACCCACUUUUUCCUUUAGGGCCCCAUUUCCGGUUGAGUCUCCCUUGGUCAGAUAUGCACAACCUUGAUACGGAUAAACGACACGCUGAUUCCAUGUUCCCCUCGCUCCUCGUCCCCCUGUGCCACACAUUUAUUUUGCAGUGUGAUGAAUACAGGCGAGGGAAGCAUCGGGCAUUAUGGGCUCCCAGUGGGGCCUUCCCCUGAGCUUUUUAGCCUGGCUCUGGAUGGGUCAGCCCUGCCUGCUUCAUUACAGUUCAGCAUCGGGCGAUCCAUAGAAGUCUAUCUAAGCAUCUGCCAGCUCCAAUGGGCUGUGUGAUGGGCUCUAAUCGGACAGGCUUUCCCCCUCUGCCUUUCAUCAUGACUGGGCAUUAUUAUGGGACACAGUUAAUUAAACAAUCUGGACACAAAGCUCUCACGUCAUUAUUAUGCAGGUUUUUAAACCCUGACUUAAAUGUGUUUUGUCUCAUUUUAACGUCAGUCUUAGUUACAGCCUUGAUUGUGAUGUCCUUUGUGUCAAAUGUAUAUUUCCUUCCACCCACACACCCACACCCACACACACACACACACACACACACACACACACACACACACACACACACACACACACACACACACACACUGCUCCGAGCCGGACUAAAAGCUAAUCCUUCAUUUUCCAGUUGAAUCUGAGCUUGAGUGUUGUUCAAAUGUCAUGGGACCCCCACCCCAAUUCAAGGACGUAAUAUUUAGCCCCCACCAGGGAAGCAGCCAAGGGUAGAAAUCCGCCUCAACUCGGCUGUCCUGUUUCUAAACCUGAUACAAGAAUUUUCUCACUUAAAUUCACAUCAUUUUGCUCUAAAUGUUAAAAAGAAAUAAAUGCAAAGCAAAGAAAAAGGCUAUGGAGACUGAUUCUAGAGCGCUGUCCUCCUUCAGAUCAUUAUGGCUUGACUUGAUUUUCUUUUUUUACUCACCUUAUUAUCAUUUGGCUCUCAGGCAGGCAGCCUACUGUAUAUGGAAGUCAUGCAUGUUGUAGCCCCUGGCCAACUUCUUCUUUCUCCGUCCAAGCGCUUUCAUUAGGAACUGAUUUAUUGGAAUGCAUACUUUAUUCUCAGGUGGGCUCCCCCAGGGACUCGACAGCAUUGUCAAAUAGCACCAGAGGCAGUCUCCAAAGCACAUGAGGGGCGGGGGGUCCACUCUCUUUCCCUUCACCUGCUGCUGCUCCCUUCAAACGUCAACAUUUGUUCUCAAUAAAAAGAGUUAUUGUUUCUGUGAGGGGAAAAAAGCUCUGCCACCGGUCACCUUUGAACACAUGAAAGGAAACUUCCACCCCACCUCUUUGUUUGAUUGAGAGCGACGGCAGGUGAAAAUAGGAACAAGGUGGCAAUUGCACACGACAAAGCUCAAGCUGUGAAGGCCGUUAUGAAAGGAUUGUGAAUUUAUGCCACAAUUAGUCACAACUGUGGAGGGAAAAUGCUGUUUGAAGAAUCUGCUCCUGAUCAUUAGAGGAACCCGGGCUGCCCUUGACACAACCUGGAUAUUGAUCCUGAAGGGUGAAGCCGACUAUUUACCAUGUUCCAGAGACUGCUACAGAGGCCUAAAGCUAAGCCCGUGCUCCAGGGUGAGAUGACUAUUUAAACUUAUCUAGAUAUUCCUAAUUCCACACACUGCAUAUCAAUUACCGACAUAAUCCUCUCACCAAUGAGCAAGGGCUGGUUGUCAUUGAGACUGAAUUGAUGGUAUCGCAGAGCUCGUUUGGGCUUCAGCUGAGCGUAGACUAAAAGAGCAAGUGGAAUUGUUCCCCUUAUCAAUGAUCAUACAAGCAGCUCGUCUAUGCAGAUAAGCCAUGAGCUCUUUUAUCCUUCCAUCAAACCGUUCUCCUACCAAAUUCUUCAGACGUUAAUCUCUGAUGCACACCUGCUGAAAACCAAAGUUAGAGACGUUUCUCAUGAAGUUCAAUCGGCCCUUCAAGUCACUUUAGAUAUGCAAUAAUAAUAAUACUGAUAAUAAUUAAAAACUAGAACACUUCUGAAGAAAUUUUAAAAAGCAACCUGUCCUCUGGCACAAGACUGGCCUUGUGUUUUAUAGGCCCAAAAUCAUGAUAUUGGGGUGACGCUGGGGUCACACACUUCCCACAGCCAAGCUGGCCAUGUUCUGAUAUAACAUUUGUGGGGGUGCAAGUUGUGGCUCGAACGGCAGCAUGCACCGUAAUGUACACACAAGUACUGAACACACACUAAAUGAACACACACACAUACUGAACACACAUGUACUGAACACACACCAAAUGAACACACACGUACUGAACACACACGUGCUGAACACACACGUACUGAACACACAUGUACUGAACACACACUAAAUGAA